AUGGAUUCCUAUCGAGAUCGUGUUGAUAUGAUCACUGUUUACAUCGAAGAAGCUCAUGCAGUUGAUGAAUGGCCAAUCGGUAGUCGAAUAUGUUAUGUUCAACCCAAAUGUGAUGUUGAUCGAAUUCAGAUUGCAAAUGAUUUCAUUAAAGCAACUGAAUAUCGUAUUCCACUAUUGAUUGAUCCAGUAUCAAAAACUAAUCCAUUCAGUGAAGUUUAUUGUCCAUGGCCGAUUCGAUUUUAUGUGAUUGAUCAUAUGAAAAAGUUGAGUCAUAUAGCUGAACCAAUUGAAGGCUCCUUUCCAUUGGAAUUGAUUCGAAAUGCAUUAGGUGAUGCCAUUCAACAAUGUCAAUAA